CAGCAUGUUCCUGAAGCUGUCUCUGCUCCUGGGGCUUCUUGCUCUGGGGCCUCAUGUGGGCAGCUGCAAGUUUGAGGACAUCAGUAAGAGUACGCAAAACUUCCGCUUGUGUGUGGAGUUUGCUGUGUUUCACUUCAAUGAACACGAGCCAGAUGAGUACGCUUACAAGCUGCUUUGGGUGGGGCGGAGCCAGCGCAAGAAGUAUAGGUGGAUAUAUUUAAUGGACCUGGAGCUGGGCCGCACAAUUUGUAAAAAACACGACGAAGACAUUGACAACUGCCCCUUGCAAGAAGGCCCAGAACAGAAAAAGGUUUGAGGAUAAAAUCAACCAAAAUCACCACAAAUCUUCAGAGAAUGAAAAAUAAUGUCAAGAAGGGUCUAUGAGAGGAGGCUUGGAAGGCCUCAGGGAUGACCCUGGGGCAGAAUGACAGGCCCGGGCCCCUCCCCGCCAGGUCCCAGGGCUCCCCCUAUACAGAGAUGCUCCCAGCACAGCAGCAAGCUGGGCCCUGUGCUCAUAGCCCGGCUGGCCCACCAGAGAACCCCAC